GGAAAUGUUACAACGAAAAGGUUGAGCUCCACUUCUUGAGUUGUUGCGUCUUACGGCCUCGCUUGUUAAGCUCGUUAUCAUCAUUACACCUUCUCUCACUCAUCCCGUGCUGACAGUGUGAUAGAGAUAUGUAUUACCGAGAUCCUGAGCUCUUCAUGAGGCAAGCUGUGGUGGACAGAUACGUUGAUGAUGUUGCUUACACGUUUGGAGUGGGCCGAGAUGCGCUGAACGUGGUAUUUAAAUACUCGAUCUGAUCAAGUGCUCCGGUUUGAUGUUUUUGCCACAGGUAGCAGCUGCAAAAGGCUUGGUUGCUGGAUCCUUUUCAGUCAAGAGAAAGGAUAACUCUAUGGUUGAAUACUCCAUCGAGCACGAAGGCAUCUUGAUACCAGGGGUCAAAGAUAUUGUUAACAUUCAAGUCUCCGAUGCUCGAUGGAUUCUGGUAAUCGAGAAAGAGGCAACAUUUCGCACGCUGGCGACAAAUCAAUACUGGAGAGACUCACUUGGUGGAAAAGGGGUCUUGGUCACAGCGAAAGGCUAUCCUGACAUUCAAACCCGCCAAUUCCUCCACUUUUUCUCCCAACAGCACCCCACCAUCCCCAUAUUUGCACUGGUAGAUUUCGAUCCCGACGGCAUCGGUAUUAUGUCAACCUACAAGCACGGCUCCAUGAGCCUCGCUCACGAGACUAACCUUACUGUACCAUGGGUUUGUUGGCUCGGUGUCCGCAGCUGCGAUUUCCUGAACACCGAGAACGAGAUCCAAGGUCUGUUGAAUCUCACUGCUCGGGACCGGAAGAUUGCUUUGAAAAUGCUCGCGAAGAGUGUGGCCGAGGAUAGGGAUGAUGAGUGGAAGAGAGAAUUGCAAGUUAUGUUGAUAAUGAAUGUCAAAGCUGAGAUUCAGAUCUUGGGAAAUGGCGACGCGCUUGCACAAUGGCUAGACAAGAAGUUGCUUGAAGCUGUAUGAUCAGAGACAGGAGUUUGGUUGAGUUACUACUGCUUAUCAAUAGUAUAUAUACUUGCUCUACCG